GUGCGCCAUCAGUAACAAAGUGCCUCGGAGGGGUCUAAAAUGUCAGUGGCACAGGGGAUGGUAGUAAUACCACACGUUCUUUCCACCAUUGCUACUUGACCAGCAAACAAAUCGAAACGUAUUUAAUUCUACGUCAAAGUUAUAUCUAUGAAAAAAAAAAAAAACAAAAUGAAUUAUAAAUCUUGGUGAAUAAAUUUCAAGUGAUAUAAUAGUCAAGUGUAAAUUAAUUUGAAAUUACGAAAAAAUAGAAUAGAAAUAACAAUAUUAGAACGUUUUGUUUUUUUUUUUUUUUCUUUUUGAAUUAUAUUUAUUAUUGGAUUAUCAUCCCUGCAAUCUGAUUAUUCUGGUUAUGAAAAAAUAAAAAUUACCUUGACAAGAUGAAGAUGUCAGAUUUACUGGUGUUUCCAGAUGACCAUGUGGCUUCUUCUAUUACAAUUGAAACAAUGGAAACAGAUGAUGAUUUUGGUGUUGAAGCUGAAUUAACAAGUUUAUCAUGGUUACAAUCAUUAGAUAUAACAAGUGCUUCAAGUUUACCAACACCACCAUGUUCACCAUCACCACCGCCCAUCACAAAACAGCAACCUAAAAAAAUGUCACCAUUAAUGAAAGCUCAACUUGAUUUAGCAGAAAAUCGUGAAAAAUAUCAAACAGACAUGGAUGCAAAACCACCGUAUUCAUAUGCCACCCUCAUUUGCCUGGCGAUGCAAGCAAAUAAAAACAAACUCACAUUGUCUAAUAUUUACGCUUGGAUACGUGAAAAUUUUAUGUAUUACAAACACGCUGAUCCAGCAUGGCAGAAUUCAAUACGACACAAUUUAUCAUUAAACAAGUGUUUCGUUAAAUUACCAAGAACAAAAAGUGAACCUGGCAAAGGUGGAUUUUGGAAAUUAGAUUUAAAAAGAUUGGAUGAAAGUAAACGUGUUAGAAGACGAACAACACUUUUACAUCAUAACAGAAAAAGCAGAAAACCAGUACCAGAAUCAGAUGAAAAUAAUAAAAAAUCAAACUCACCAUUGUAUGAAACACCACCAAGUUCUGUAUCACCACCAAUUCCUGAUAGUCUAUCAGAAGUACCAGAAUCAAAUCAAGUCAGUCUCACUGAAGAUGAUUUAACUGGUUUGCUUAUUGCAAAUAUUGGCUGGGAUGAAAAUCAACUUGACUUGCUUGAUUCACUACUGGAUUCUCUAUAAAAAUAAAAAAAUAAUUAACGAUAAAUUAUACACUCAAGUUUGAAAACAAUAUUUUUAAAACAAGUUUAAUUUAAUUUUUUUUUCUUUUUUAAAUAUAUUUCUUUAAAAUAAUUAUUGUGUCAAACUUUACUAGUCGUGUUUGACAAUUAAAAAUAAAAAGUCAUGCCUUAAAAUUGAUCAGGAAAAAUUAAUAUUUAAAUAAAUAAUAUAUUGUACAUUUAGUUUGAUCAAUAAUUGCUGUUUAAGAUGUUGUAAAUAUGGGAUUUUAAAGUUCGUUUUAUUGCGAAGCUAACUGAGCUACUUGAUCAAAAAAAAAAAACAAAAUUAAUAAUAAUUAUUUUAUUAAUAAUAUCAAUUAUUAAUUCAAUAUACAUUUAUUAUACACAAAAAAAAAAACAAAAAACUUUUUAAAUUAAAAAAAAAAAAAAGUCAAUAAUUUUAAUAUAAUAUUUUAAUUAAUUUUUUCUUUUGCAAAUAAAUUAUUAAAUUAUCUAUCUCAAUAACAUAUAAUCUUUAAUUGUCUGUGUGAGAUUAAAAAAACAAAAUGAUUUAAUUUUGGUGUGUAUUUUUGCUUUUUAAAAAUUAAUGCCUUAUCAGAAUAAACCGUCCAAAAAAAAACUAUUCAUAAUUUUAGAAAAUAAUAUAUUAAUAUUUAAAUAUUAAAUAAAAAUUAUUAUGUAAGAAUAAAAUCAUGAGCCUCAUGUCCAUUUUAAAGUAACGAAAAAAAUAGUGAUAAUUAUAUCUGAUUGAUGCAAACUGGGUGCCUCGUUUUCCAUUGAAUUAACAUUUACCUUGUACCAUAAAAAUAAAUAAAUUAAUUUGUAUUAAUAAAUAAUAAUAAUAUUAACAAUAAUUUGUAUUGGUAUAUAGUUUAAAUACACGUAAUAUAGAGAUGCAUAAUAUCAAUAUAAAAAAAUA